UAAAAUCACCCAAGACCCAAGAAAUCAAUUAAAAAAGUCUUGGAAAUAUUGCCCAAUACUGAAAUCAUUUCCCUUAUUAGCAAAAUUUUCUAAAAUCAAACACCCCACAAAAUGAUAACCCAAAUAGCCACCGGUUUAGGCGUCAUAGCCGGAGCAGCGAUACUGAAAUCAGUAGUAGUGACAGGUCCAGGCUCCGAUUCAGAUUUGGAUCCAAGUUCAAGUUGCAAUGGAACAGCUAGUGUAACAACUGAUCAUCAUCCAGCCGUUAACGAGGAAGUGAAGGAGGAGAUCAAUGGGGAUAAUGUGAAAGCAGUUGAUACAAAACCUAUCGAGGAAGUGAAGACUGAAGACUUGCCAACCGUAACUGAAGCAAUAGUAGAGGAAAAGAAAUCAGAACCCGUUACAACUGAAGAGGUAACGAAAGUUGAAGAAACAGAAACUCCAACGACUGAAGUGAUAGUUGCUGAUAAAGAGAUUGAGUUGCCUGCAGAAGAAAAGAAAACAGAACCUGUUUGUAUUGAAGAAGAAAUCCCAAAAACUGAAGAAAUGGCUCUUGAUAAUGAAACCAAAGCCCCUGCUAUUGAAGUCGAGGAAAAGAAGAUUGAGAACGUUGUCGUUGAUGAAGAAAAGCCAAAAUCCGAGGUCACAGAAGAGGCUAAGAUUGAAGAAAAGGCGACAAUUGAGGUUCCUGAUGCAGAGAAAACUGAAGUCAAAGAAGAGGUGAAAGUUGAAGAACCAAAGGCUGAAAUUGCAGCAGAAGAGGUGAACAAAACCGAGACUAAAGAUGUUGAACCAAUAGUUACUAAAGAAAGUAUUCCAGAAGCAACAGCUGAAUUUGCUGAAAAGAAAGAAGAGAAAGAAGAAGUUACGGAAACAGCUUCUACGAUUGCUACAAUUGCUGAAAAGAACUUAGAUGAAAAUGUGGUUGUGAAAGAAGCGGUUCCUGAAAAGAAAGAAGAUGAACAAAAUGAAGAGACUAAAGUUGAAGAAAAGAAAGAGGAUGAACCGAAAGUUGAAUGUUUUAAAGAAACCGCAGAACCUGUUGUUAUUGAAACAAAAGAUAAAGAAGUUGACCCGAUAAAGAUUGAGGAGCCCGUAAGUGAUGUUAAAAAAGAUGAGGAAACAACAGAAUGUGUGUCAAAGGAUGUGAAUACCAUUUCGACAACUGAAGAAGCUGUUAAAGAUGAAAAACAAGACGCAAAGGAAGAACCCGAAAAGCCUGCAUUGGAACCUGUCAAAACUGACGCAAAAGAAGAAACAAAAUCAACCGAAAAUACUCCUAAAGAAGAAGAAAAAACCACUCCAAAGCAAAGCCUUAUGGGUAAAGUGAAAAAGUCGUUUAUAAAAGCAAAGAAAGCGAUCAUCGGUAAAAACAAUACCACCCCCAACGCCAACACCAACGCCAACACCAAGACAACUGAAACUAAAGAAGAGGAGAAGGCUUGAUCACCAAAAAAACAGGUGAAAAAAAAUCGAUAAGUAUUUGUUGUGUGAGUAAUUUUUUUUAUAUUUUUUUUUGGUUUGUUGUUAUGUUCAUGUUUGUGGGUUGAAUUUGUUAUAGGAAGUAUAUGCAUACUAUGUUGUGGUGUGUGUGUAUAAUAGUUGGAGGUCUUGAUUUGGUUUUUUAUUUUUUUUUAUAAAUUUUUUUGUUGUCAAUGUAUAGGUUCGUCUUAUUCUUUUUUCAUUAUAUAUAGUCGAACUUAUUGCUUGAUAUUGUGUUGGUAUUGAAAUGUAAUUUGUAAUUAUUUAUAAACAGGAAAUUAAGAUACUUAAUGUGAAUAUUGUUGGUGAUAA